AUGGGUGAGAACACCCCCCAGCACACCAGCACCCAAGAGACGGUACCAUCUAGCUCAGCAACAGCUAGCAAUGAUGAUGAUGCAAACACAGAAGCCCAGCCCCUCAUAGAUUCCUAUCCCACGGCCCCAGCGGCUAAGAAACACCUCACCGUCCUCAACGGCCUCGCCCUCGUCAUCGCCCUGCAGAUCGGCAGCGGCAUCUUCACCCUCCCCUCACAGGUGAGCCAGUACGUCCCGUCGCCCGGGACGGGGCUACUUGUCUGGCUGCUCGCGGGCCUGCUGGUGUGGACCGGCGCGUCCAGCUUCAUCGAGCUGGGGUGCAGGGUGCCGAGCAACGGGGGCAUCCAGGAGUACGUGCGCGUUGCGUACGGCGGUGGGAGGGGCUACGAUGCUGAUGAAGAUGAUGAGGAGAGGGGCAGUAAUGAGGAUGAAGGUGACUCAACCCGGGGAGGCAUAUUAGGGGCUACAAGAUCAGCAGGAACGACAACGCCCGUGAAGAGCCACGACCAAGUGGGACCAAAGGGCGAGCUCGCCGGCUUCCUCUUCACCUGGACGUGGGUCGUCCUCGCCAAACCAGCAGCCAACGGCGCCAUUUCCACCAUCGCGACGAACUACCUCACCCGACCGUUCCUCCCAGGCCCUUCCCCCUCCUCGCCCUCGGCGGAUAGUCUGUCGCCUCUCGCCAGCAGGCUGACGGCUCUGGCAUGUAUGGCCUUCGUUACCAUCGUCAACUGCCUGGGCGCCACGUCCGGCGCGAAAGCGGCCAACGUGUUCCUCAUGCUCAAGCUUUCCGCCCUGGGGAGCAUCAUUCUGAUGGGUCUAUUUUCUAUGGUCACGGGGUGGCGGGCGGAUGGUGUACCGGCAUCAGAGACGGGGUGGUUUGGACAGUCUGAGGAGGACAGGGACACACCGUCAUGGCAGCUGGUCGGGAACUUUGUCACAGCCACCUUUGGCGCUGUGUUUUGCUACGGCGGGUGGGAGACGGUCGGCUUCGUGCUGGGCGACAUGGCGCACCCCGAGCGCGACCUGCCACGGGUCAUCACCGGCGCCAUGAUCACGGUCAUGGCAGGCUUCGCGCUGAUGAACGCCGCUAUAUACAUCUGCCUACCCUUUGAGGUCAUUCGGACGAGCAGCACGGUCGCCGUGGAGUUUGCACGACGCACGCUAGGCUCUGCGGCGGCCGGGGUUGUCUUCUCAAUUGUCGUGUCCGCGUCGGCCCUGGGCGCUCUCAAUGCAAACACGUUUGCUACGGCCAGGCUCUGUGUUGCGGCUGCUCACCGGGGGUAUUUCCCGGCGGUCCUGGCAAACCUGCACUGCAGGUCUGAGGCGGACGAGGCCGACUGCUUAGAGGAGGCUCUGGUCCGGCUGAAACGCCCCGGGUUUUCUUUCUUGACGACCGGUGUAAUCUGGUUUGCCGAAGCAACAAGGGAGUUGCGAUGGAGGAAAGGUGUGCCAGUGUACGCAAUGCUGCUGAACGGCCUCCUGGCAGCCUUCUUCAUCGUGGCAGGCAGCUUCAACGGCCUAGUCGUGCUUAUAGGGCUGGCGGAGUACACAUGCUUCCUAGCUGCCGUGCUCGGGCUGCUCCUAAUGCGCUCACGCGAGCGCUACGAGGCGAGCCGCUGCCACAACGGCCUCAGCCGCAACAGCGACAGUGCCUCGUCCAACCGUUUCAGGAGAAGCCGUCCGUCUCGCUACCGCACGUGGAUCGGGAACCCUGUUGUCUUCAGCUCGGUCAGCGCGUUCCUCAUCCUGCGGGCCGUAGUAACCGACCCGUUCCAAGGCCUGGCCAUAUUGCUUGUGGCUGGUUCGGGGGUCGGCGCAUUUUCCAUGAGGUUUGGCUGGCCGUGGGCUAAUUAG